AUGGCGCAUCCAGAAAAAACAAAUGACCAAGAAGGAAACUACGAAAUGGUGAACGCAGAAGAAUCUAAUGUAGGUAAAGAAGCGCGAUUGUCCACUGAAAACAACCCGGGUAGUCGUGCCCAAAACAAGCAACACACUGCGUUUGAGAAGAAUAAAAAGAAAACCAACUUGAAAAAAAUUAAUGAAGAAGAAAAUAAAGUUAAGGACGAUUUGGGGAAAAUCUCCAAGGGAAAAAUGAAAGGAAUGGUUGCCGCGGAGUUGUCAGAAAGGGAGCCACCCAUAGGGAAGGGGGGUGGACGAGGUCUGGAGCUGAAGCCUGAGCGACAAGGCGAGAGGAAAGGAAAGAGGCAAGACGAGGGGAAAAGCGCAAGGAAAGGAAAGAGACAAAGAGAGAGAUUAACCAAUCAGCAUGCCUCUACACAAAAUGCCGCUACGCAGGGCAUCCCAAAUGGAACAAACUCCGAACAUCACCAAGGGAACCUCUCGAAUGAAACCCCCUCCAGUUGCAGCAUCGCUAGUAAUGUAGACCAAAAGACCAGCAGAACUUACAUCAGGCGAGAACAGACCAAAUUGGCCACUUCUUCAAAUGAGCAGAUUAAACGAGAAGAACAAAACGACGCGCAGGAUCAGGGGUGUUCCCACGAUGAUGAGAGGAAAGAAAAUAGUAUCCUUAGAAAUAGAAAACUUCUAAAAUGUGCAGGUAGGGAAAAGAAUGACGUCAUAGAGAGUACCUAUAAUGGGCAUUACAUGGAAAGGUAUACUAGCUGUUGCGCGAGCAACAUGGAUAGAAAGGAAACAGGAAAUGUAGACAGUGGAGAAAAUAACCCUGUGUAUGUUAAAAGACCCUAUUUCGAGCCAAACUUCUUCAAUCAGAGGAUUAUGAAGAAUAGCAACAUCAUCCCCAGUUUUGAUAAGUACUCUCCGUAUGAAAAGAAAUGUGCAGAUCAUAUGGACGGGAGGAAUAUGUACCAAUCAAGUGCAGAAACUAACAGUGUCGUCAAUGGUGGUAACAGCAGUGCAAACAACAACAGCGAUUGUAGCAACUAUGGGUAUGUGAACAUAGUCCCUCCCCCAGAUGGAUUAGGCAACCAUCACUCCUAUCACCCGCAGAAGCAGCAGGUCGAAUAUCAAGAGGAGGAGGUAGAAUACAAAGAGCAGCAGCUGUCCGGCUAUUCAAACAAAGCACAGAUACACAUUUCGUUUAUUCCACAAAGUGGACGAUCCGAAAAGGACCUCCCUAUGAACACUGCAAAUGUGCAACAUCAUCAAAUAGUGCCCCCUUAUGUUCACCCCCUGGGUAACAAAGAACAAGGCAUAAGAAAUGGAGCCUAUCCAAAGGAUCGCUACUACAUCAAAGGGAAAGAAAAGAUACACGACCAGUAUUACAGAAUAAAGCUGUGUCCAUUUUUAAAAAAAGGACUGUGUCAAAAAGGAGACAACUGCUCAUAUGCACACUUAGCUGAUACUUUACGAAGUUGUAUGAAUUUAAUGAAGACAAAAAUUUGCCAGCUGUGGUUGAGAAAUGAAUGCAGAAAUGCCAAUUGUGUGUUUGCACAUGGGGAGGGAGAAUUGAGGGCAACACCGGAUUAUUUUAAAACAAAGCUGUGUAAAUAUUUUGACAAGGAAGGUACAUGUCCGUCUGGAGACAAAUGUAGACAUGCACAUGGACAGGCAGAACUGAGACAAAGAAACUACAGAAAAACGGAACUUGAAAAAAUUUCUCCAAAAAGUAAGAUCAGCACAAAAUUCAUAUUCCAUGAUUUGAAGAAUAAGGGGGAAUGUCCUCAGUACAUUUUGAACAUGCUCAGUGGAAGAAGCAGAAAGGAGAAUGUCGACAGGAGUGACUGGAACAAUUGGAAUCAAACGAACGGCCACAACGGAGUCAGCAACGUGUUCAACAGCGAGUUCAGCAACAGAAGUAGGUAUCAUAGGGACACUCGUGUGGCCACCCCCAAUGAUGAGAAUUCAAAUGCGCCAACGACCUCUGCAGAUAAGAGAGCUGUCAUUCCCGACCAAAUGUGGAGACCAGAAAAAAGAGAUAGUACGGGCGAAACUACCCAGGUCUACCAUGUCAGUGCUUCUCAGAGCUGUACGAACCAGGAGAAGGAAAUUCAUGCAGUGCUCACCGUUUGCGAGAGGAAGGAAAAAUCAGAUGGAGCAAAGAACAGGAAUGGUAGCAGUGCAAACGUGUGCGAUGCGAAUUAUUGCGAUAAGAGGGAAGCUCCAGGGGAGGAACAAAAUUUCAAGACAGAAGCGAGACAAGAGGCAGACCAGGAGAAUGCAUCCCAUGAGGACACACCAAAUUUACAUCACACAGUUUGGGGCACGACCAGUAGUAUCAGCUUGGAGUGUGCCGGAAAUGCGAAAAAGGAACAGAGGGGCAAUCUGGUGGAGAGAAGCAUGGGAAACAACAUAGGAAAUGGAACAGGAAAUGAAAGAGGAAACGGGGAAAGCGAGGCGAGCAAACCAGAACAAAGAGCGGAAAACCAAAAGGAAAGAAAAUGUACCUCGCCGGGUGAUGAGCCCCUUUCCGAGAAGAAUCAAAAUUUGGCUCACAGAAGAGAAUCUGUAGAAAUGGAGAAUGAAGAAAUCGAGUUGGACCCGAAUGAGGAACAGCAUCCUGUUGGAAAGGCAUCGUAUAUCGGUGAUAUCAAUGAUGGUGAUUACAAAAUGCUGAGAGAAGAAACCAGUGGAGGGGAAAAGAAGGACGGAACUUUCGCUGAGGUUCUGGAUAACAGCAGCCAGUACACGCCCAGUGAGCGAAGUAGCAGUCAGUACAUGUCUAUUGGGAGAAGUAGCAGCGAGGGAGAGGUCCAGUCGUGUGGGAAUAGAAGCCCAAAUAAGUCCUAUGGGGGGUGUAACCAGAACUGUCAGGGAGAGAGGCGCGGACAAGCAGAGGACGAAAACAAUGGCCACAUGGCGAAUGAAAGCAAAGGGAUUGCCCUGUUCGAAGUGGACAUAGAAAAGGAAGACAACAAAAAGUAUGAAAGCGUUGAGAUAGGGAAUGCCUUGGUAGAAGCAGAUCCGCAAGCAAGGCGAAGUGAGACACGACGCAGCUUUGAAGGGGAUAAAAACGAGGACGGCAAUGUGGAUCGUGCCGAGAAUGGCGAUGAGGAUGCGAAUGGCAGAGGAGGAAACGAAAAACAAAGAUACCACGACCAGGAACAAGAACGCCCAACGCUAAACGAAUACAGGUGCACCAGACCCACGAAUGAGAUGGAUAAUUGUUUGAAGAUGGUGAACAGUGGAGAAAGCAUCAUGCAGAGACGAUACGGAAAUAAUUGCCCAAGGGAAGGGGAAAGAUAUGACUCAUUUAGAAAUUUCAAGGAAAAUGGAAAUGACAUCCAGAGGAACCCCAUUUUUAUGUUGAAGAAUCAGUACAGAAAGGACAAGGUUGGAAGGGAGAACGACGGAAAGAUGAACAGCGGGAAUAAUAAGGACGCAAAGGAUAACGACCGGAAAAAGAAUCCCGUCUUGAGCAAAUUGGCUAGGUACCCCACGGCGAGCACAUAUAACAACUACGGCCCAAAGAAUUUUAAUUGCAGAUAUAAGAAAAUUAACAUGGCAAGUAGGUACGCAAAGAAUUUGCAGGGGGUGGACCAUUACAGAAGCGUCGCGAACUAUGGGGUCGGCGGGAACGUGGCAUCUUAUGGAAACUGUGAUAGACACAAUUUGAGCAGCGGCGGGGAACUAAUCAAAAACGAAGGCAUGCAGGACGACGGCGUGAUCGGCGGUAAUGGUUCCGGCAGAGGCAACGCCCCAGAGGCAAGGGAAAAGAAGGGGGACACACAGGGAGAACACAGCCAACUUAGCGACCACAACAAAGUUGGAGAUCUCAGCAAAAAUGGAGAUCACACCGAAUCGAAAGAACAGAUGACGAACGGUAGAGUAAAGACAAGAGGAGAAGACAAGAACUGCAAUGACAACCUGCAUAGAAAUUUCCCCUGCAAAAAUUCACAGCGCUCAUUUAACAACACGUACAGUACACCUGAGCAGAAUCCAUCAGAUCAAAAUUUUGAAAACGCAUCCAGAUGUUCCCAUACAAACCACAAUCACGUGAAUAAUUCACUCCACAUGCAGAAUGUUCUACCUAGACCUAGAGAAACUUACAGCAACGUCUGCAACAGUGGUGCCCAUAGAACAAAGCAAAACUAUGAUAAGAGCAACGGAAAUACAAGGAACGAUAUGUUGUAUGGACCCCCCGUAUAUCCCUUGAACACGCUGGUGAAUAACUUUAGUUAUUACAACUACAAUGUAAGUAAUGUUUACUCGAACCGAAACAACUGCUAUAGUUAUUUGAAUGUCGAGCUGAACAGCGUGAACAUGGCUAGCCAGACACGCGUCCUGCCGGCGGAGUUGUCCAUUUCGGCGCAAGUUGGAGGAACAACCGCGGAAGGAUGUAGAGGAGAAAAGCAAGCGGCAAACACGACUGAUGCGCCCAACGCCCGUAACAACCGAGCACACCACUCCACGAGCGCAGAGGCUGCGAACGGCCAAUCCAUCUUAGGUGCCGUGCCACCCAUAACCCUGCGAUCGACCAAUCAGACACAUAACAGAUCGGCGAAAUCGCAUCCAUGCUCAAACCAGCACAGGAAGAAUUUUUUGAAUAUCCAAAAUGUGGGAAUCAACGCGGCUAACAUGCACUCCGGUGAAAACCAACAUGCUAACGCACAAGGGAACAAUAACAGGCAGGAAAGAAAUGGGACCUCGUAUAAUGUCGCAGGGGGUAGUAGCCACCACAGAAGCUCUGUCACAAAGUCAAAUACGAAUGAUAAUUGUGUGCAGAAUGGGAACAGUGUAUCUUCGUCCGCAUGGAACAUGGCACUUAAUAACAGAUGGGAUCCAACUGUUCAUUCGUUAAGCGGAAACAACAAUAGUGCGCACGGUGUGAGCGACGAGAAUGACCUGAGUGGCGAUAACAUCGGUGGCGGCCCAUCGGGCAGUAGCAUCCAAAAUGGGGGAAGAGACCAAAUUGAUUGUAGCAGCCGAAAUGGUGGCAGCGGCCUAAUGGAUCGUAGGGGCCAAAAUGGUGGUAGCGACUCCGACGGGGAAAACCCAAACCUACACGAAACGCAAGUUUCCCAAAACGGCGGCAGGGAGAAAAGAAAAAGAAACCCCCACCUGCCCUACAGCUCACACAGAAAUUAUGAAAGGAGAACCAACAAUGCUCAUUUUAAAAACUACAGGAAUUACAACAACCCCGUUUACACGAAUCAGGUCUGUACCAACCAGGUUUACAGUAACCACGUUUAUGCAAACCAUCCGGCUUAUGGCCACAAUCAGGCAUACUAUAGCAACCAGAUUUACAUGUACCAGCACCCCUACAGCAACUACAAAUACAAUAGUGGCAGGAACGCGUACAGCAAUAACAGCCACCCCUACAACACCAGCAACAGCGCGUACGUUAUCUACCCCUAUAGUAGCUACCCCUACAGCAUCAGCUACCAUCACAGCAGCAACUACCCUUAUGACGGUCUAUACACCUAUGAUGGUGAAUACUCUUAUGGUGGUGCAUACCCCUAUGAUGGUGUAUACCCCCAUGAGACUGUGCAACCCUAUAAUAGUGUGAACCCCUAUAACAUCAGCCCCCAUUGUGACAGCGUCCAACCGUAUGGCUCGGCUCCCCAUUAUAGCAGCAACCAUUACUAUGGCGAUGUGGAACAGUUUAGCGGUGGUCAAUUGUACAGAGGCGGCCAACUGUAUAGCGCAGGACAGGUCUAUAUCGACGUCCAACCGUAUGGCGGAGACCAGCACUAUAACGGUAACCAAAGCGGUGUGUACAACGGGAGCUACACUAAUGACCAAAGCUACGUCAAUAAUCAAUAUCCCUACAACGCUAGCAUGAACUAUGGCUCGCCUUACAACAGCAAGGAUACGGAGGAGGGGCAGAGUGGUAACCGUGCACCCCACAGGGAUAGCCUCUUGGACAGCGAGGAGUACCAAAAUAGGCCUAACAAAGAUGGAAACAAUGCAAAUGACAUGUGCCAGGAUGAAUCUGCAUUUGAUGAUCCUACAAAAAAUGCAUCAACAGAAGAAGGAGAAGAAGAAGAGGGAGAUGAGGCAGCUCAACAAUCCCCUUUGCAAUCUCCUGCAGAAUUUCAGCAGUGA